AUGGCCUCCCACACAGCCUUCUCCCCAUCCAAACACCUAACUCGUGCUAAUGCCUUUUUUGACUAUGACCUGAAGAACAGGCCAUAUGCACGUCUGGACCUUCCAUCAGCCAAAACUGCGCGAGCCAGGGAGAUACAGUCAGUUUUCCUCAAUGAGCAGGGCGAUUUAUGCCCCCUUGCAGCCCUCCAUAACCUGGCAAGUGUUGUUCCUGUGCUCGCGAAUGACCCACUGUUCUUGUGGCAUGACAGCAAAGGCAAUAUUUGCCCAAUGGCUAAAGUGAGAGCUCUGGAACAAAUUAACUCAAUUUUGGUAGCAUGGGGGUGGGGCACCACCUUCGGUCAUUCCUUUCGCAUUGGUGGUGCAUCAUUUUACCUUGCAAAGAAAAUUGACCCUGAAAUCAUGCAUAUUGCUGGCCACUGGAAGUCCUCACCCUAUGAGACAUAUAUCCAGGCAUUCAAGCAAAUAUCCUCACAGCACUUAGCUAACACCGCUGCACUCUGA